AGUCGGACGUGUUUUAGCCGCAAAAGAAAGGAAAGCCGAGGGAAUAUAAUAAUAAUAAGGGAGAAUACCCAUAGCUUUCGCUAACCGUUUGUUCAUUCAUAAAGCCGUGUCCUUUUACGCGAAAGCCACAACAAACUCGCUUCCUCGAGGACAACGACAUCUCUCGUGUGUGUUAGUGUGUGUGUAUGUGAGUGCUCUUAUGUAUUUUUGUGCCGACAGGAAAUACUCGACCAAGGUGAUAGAGAAGAACACAUAAUAAUUGCAAAGGACAACCAAUUUAGUUGAUGUCCAUUCAGUUUUCCUGCGGAGAAAGCGCGGCUGCUAAUGCAUUUGUCGUGGGGAUAAAGUUUAUACCAUUAAGGCGGCGUGAGGUACAUAUGCAAAUGUCAGCUUGUUAACGACAAAGUUGAAUGAUUGAAAAUGCAAAUUGCAAACGCCACUGACUUGCUUCGGUGCUCGUUGUCGAGCUAAACAACAACAAAAGUAACAAGAAAAACAAAAAACAAAAGCGGUGCAUCAACACCACAAAUUAACCCACCGGCGGUGCCGACAACAACCAGUUAAAGUGGCGGAAAUGACACAGUCAAAAUGUAUCGUUGCAAAAAUUGGUUUUGUGCGCGCAGCAACAACAACAACUAUGUCGAUGUGGCACUAAGUGAGGCGCCACCCAUCCACACAACAACACCAAAUAGCCGCAACAGUAGCGCCACCAACAACAAUAACGUAAGAAGCAACAGCAGCAAAAGCAAUCAACAGACAGUGGGCUAUAGAGGUGCUACCAGUGCCACCACCCACCCAACCUCCACCCAUCCAACCGCCCCCCAUUCGACCGAUGAACCAUCACCGCCACAGGCCCAUGUGGUCACCUUUCUGGACGAAACCACUGCAAGCGGUAGCAACGGAGCCGUGACCAGUAGCCGACUGGUCACCACCGCCGAACUGCACCAAGCCCACAUGCUGGAGCACCACUCGAAUCUGGACGCCAUUGAGCAGGCGGAUGACUUUAUCUAUGGACCAGGAGCAGGACUAUCGCUCUGCGACGACAGCCUGCCGUCGGCCAAAAACUGCUAUCGGCUGGUCAUGCUCGGCUCAUCACGCGCCGGCAAGUCAUCGAUUGUGGCACGUUUCCUGGGCAAUCGGUUCGAGGAGGCCUAUACGCCGACCAUUGAGGAGUUCCAUCGCAAAUUGUAUCGCAUACGGAAUGAGGUCUUUCAAUUGGAUAUUUUGGAUACUUCUGGCUAUCAUCCGUUUCCCGCAAUGCGUCGUUUAUCAUUUCUAACUGGGGAUCUCUUCAUCCUUGUUUUCAGCAUGGAUUCCCGAGAGUCCUUCGAAGAGGUGGUACGCCUGCGGGAGAAUAUCCUGGAGACCAAGUGGGCUGCCCUGAAUCCAGGCUCUGGCUUCAAGAAGAAGAGUCUUCCGAAGAUACCCAUGAUAUUGGCAGGAAAUAAAUGUGAUCGAGACUUUAAAACUGUCCAGGUGGACGAGGUGAUGGGCUACAUUGCUGGCCAGGACAACUGCUGCACCUUUGUGGAGUGCUCGGCUCGUCAGAACUACCGCAUCGAUGACCUCUUCCACUCCCUGUUCACGGUCUCCAAUCUGCCGCUGGAGAUGACCCCGAACCAUCAUCGUCGGUUGGUCUCAGUGUUUGGAGCACCCUCGCCACUCCCACCUCAUGGAUCCGCGGUGGGCGGGACCAAGAAGAAUGCACUGUCCAUUAAGCGGAGAUUUAGCGAUGCCUGCGGGGUAGUGACCCCGAAUGCCCGGCGACCCAGCAUUCGCACCGAUCUCAAUCUGAUGAGAUCCAAGACCAUGGCUUUGAAUGAGGGUGAGGGAGUGAGAAAUCCCUCGCGUUGGAACCGCUGCGCCCUGAUGUAGACUUUAGCCAGGGCAGUGUGAUAGUAGUGAUGAGCGGAUCCUUCAGGGAUAUCAGGGUAAUCCCCGCAAAUGGAGCAGCAGCAGCAGCAGCAGCAGUAACUAAUUAUAAACGCAGCGUUUGGGUGAUUUCGAUAUUAUAGUGUAAAUACUCGUUUAGUCAGGACGCGGCAAGUGUGUUGAAACUAUUAAUUAAUUAUGCAUUUAGCACUCUCUCGCCAUCUCUGGACAAAGGCAAAACAGAAACCGCGCGAAAUGUACUUGUUUCAUAAUUAAAAUCUGAAGCGAUUUUUGCAUUUGCAAACCGAAACAGAAGCACCCACUCACCACCUCUGCCGCCUGCCCAAUGUCCAAACUGAAUAUUCCUAUGCACUUGAUGCUCAGUUUUUCCUCUUCAUUUUCCUAUUUUUAUUAUUCGAUUUCUAUUUAAUUGUAUUUAUUAUUCUAAUCGUUGUAAUUGCACAUUUACUCGACGCACACUCACAAAGAGAAACUUAAAACAGAGAAAAACUUAAACCAAAACGCAGAGGACAAUAAUGUUAAAACGUAUUCGGAAUUGCGGGAACCGUAAUUGUUAUUCAAAUUUAAUUUAUAGAUUUAACCAAUUGAAUUUACAUGAAUUUACAUUCAGCUUCUUUAAUGUUAUCGUUGAUUGUUGAACAAUUUGAAAUAUUUGACCAUUAGUAAGUCGUUCUGUUAAGGCACACACUCUACUCAAUCCACAAACUACAAACUACAAACUACUAACAAAAAUACCUUUCGAAAGAUUGCAUAUCAGCCAAAACUGGAACCGAAAUACACCGAAUCAAAACUAUUGAAAGGGAAUCUUGACCAACUUAACAUAACAACUAACUCUACUGUAACACUUGUACACCGAUCUAAGCGAAUCUAAGCCCAACUAUGGUUAACUAUGGAUAUGGAUAUAACUUAUAGGAUAAACACACACUUCUAGCGUUAAACCGAAUUUAUCAGAUCUGUUCUCGAUUCGAUAUCUGAGAUUAACAUUCUAGUAAGACGGAUUUCCAAUCGAGAACAGCUCCGUAAGUUUAGCAAAUUCGAGUUUCAGUCUAAACUAAGCAACAGCAACAAUUUUCGCGAGUUUAACAUUUAUCAAGUAUUAUCGAUAAUGGAAUUACAGAACAUAUGCGUUUCAUCGCGAAAUGGAACCAAGACCAAAUGAUUACUCUAGCUAUACUAACUACCAGCUAACCCAAUGUAUUAACUAACAAGUUAUUGAGAUUUCAAGCAUAUUUUAGGCAAUUAUCGUUAAUGUACAACUUAAAACUAAAAACCAAAAAAACAAAGUGCAAAUAUUUACAAAAUUCGCGUUGGGCCAAAGUGCACGAAUAUAAAUAAAUAUAAAUUAAAAUGAGGAUAAAACCCAAGAUUUGGGGGUUUUAUCCGACGAAGUUAAAUUGAUUUACGGUUAACCAUGAAAGCUAACUUUUUAAUGCUUUGGAUUUGCAUUAUUUAUUUACAUAUUAUGUAUAUUGCAAACGAUUGAAUAAUGAUUAAAUAAAAUUUAAAACA